AUGGCCGAAGCUAAAGACCGCAUAACCUGCCAUGUCCUCGACACUACAACGGGCCAACCGGCGCGCAACCUUCGCGUCCAGCUCCAUCUCUCCUCCCCUUCAGCAAACGCCACGCCAACCCCCGGCCCCGUCAUCUUCGAAUCCCACACCGACGACGAUGGCCGCAUCAAGACAUGGCUGCCCUACUCAGGCGUCAAUUCAUCAGGUGACGUGCCCGUCUACACGCUGGAUGAUGUCCUGGGUGGGUUGGAGAAUGCCCCUGGAGGGCAAAAUGAGAUGAGCCAGUGGACAUUGAAAUUCGAUGUGGCGGGGUAUUUUGGGGGGCUGGACAAGACGUUUUAUCCGGAGGUGGCGGUUACAUUCGUGGUUAGGAAGGGGCAGAGGUAUCAUGUCCCGCUGUUGUUGGCGCCGUUUGGGUAUACUACUUAUAGGGGGAGCUAA